AUGGGCCGUAAGAAGCAGUUCAUCGACAAGAAGACGGCGCAGCACUUCCACGUGGUGCACCGCAGCCAACGCGACCCGAAAGCAAAUGACCCGAAAGCGUCCAAGUACGUGCUCCUGUCGUCCAAUCAGAACGUGGAGCUGCACUCGUCGGACUCGGAAGGGGAAAACGGGAGCGACGACAACAACGAGAGCGAUGACGAGAUGCCCGACCUCGUUGACGCUCCGAGGGCUCCAGUUGCGAAGGCCAACGGUGCUUUGCGUGCUCGUCGAGUGCGCUUUGGACGUGUGGAAGCUGAGGAUCUCGUGGACGAAAACGGCCUGCCGAGAGAUGGGUACGACUACUCGCAGCACAUGAAAGAGAUGGGACAGGGCAAGUUCUACUCGGCCACGAGUCGGUUCGAUGCUGGAGAAGCGAGUCGAGCGCUGUCGAGGAAAGUGGAUUUGCCACCCGACGCACUGCCCAGCGCUGAGGAGCAAGACCGGCUGUUGCAAGCUAUUACAUUGACGACGGAUGUCAUGGAUGCCGAUCUGAGAGAAGCGCUCGUGAAUGAUGAGGCGUUUGAAGAGCUGGACGAUUCGUUUGUGAUGCAGGCGGCAGAAGAAGAGGUGGAGCCGAAUGAGACGGACGACUUUGACUAUGAUGCACACAUUGCCAAGCUGAUGGAGGCAGCCAGUGGCAUCACGCCGCUGUGUCGUGGAAACCUGACGGACAGCGAAGGGUCUGAUAGCGAAGACGAUGAUGAGCUGAGCGAUGGAGAAGGCGAAGACAACGACGAGAAUGCCGAGACGUUGGAAAGUCGAGAUGAGGCACAGCGUGUGCUGGACGAACUCUUUGAGAAGACGCUGGCGGAUGAGUACGACGACGAGCAGCUCGGUGAACUAGACGAAGGUGACCCCGAGACGCGCGGAAAGGAGAUGCUCGACGGCGAGCUUCUCGACGCCGUGGUGGAGGACUAUGUCUUUGUUCAGCAGGAACUUGCUGACGCAGAGGGCAAGCUAGGCAACCCGCUGCGCGAAGGCAAUCGUCUCAAGCAAGUGCUGGAGGCGUGUGAGGCAGAGCGUCAUGCAUACGAGUAUGAUGAAGGUGCAGAGACAGAGGAGGAAGAGGAGCCCGAAGGUCAGGUGGCGCGUGCUGAGCGCGAGAAGAAAGAGCUGCAGGAGCUGUAUGAGCGUAACCGGUAUUUGCAGCGUGAAGAGCGUGAGCAGUGGGACUGCGAGACCAUUGUGAGCACAUACUCGACGUCGAGCAACCACCCGACAGUGCUGCGGGAAGCUCCGACUCGGCGCAAGAAGAAGAAGCAGCCGGUGCUUAGCAGCACCGCAGAGGGUGAAGGAGACACUCGCAAGCACAAGGUGACGCUGUCGCGCAAGACGGGCAUGCCGCUGGGCGUGUUUGACAGUGCAAAACCGAACAAGGCGGAGGCAAGUAAGCAGCACGUGCACCAGACGCAGCAGCCUGAGACGAGUCGGAGGCCAAAGAGUGAGACAAAGGAGCAAAAGCGCACGCGCAAGACGGCUGUCAAGAUGGAGAAGAUGGCGCGGCGCGCUGAAAAGAAGGAGACAAAGCUGGCGUUCAAGGAGGAGGAAGCGCGGCAGUCGACACAGACGGUGGCAGGACGUGUGUCCGUGUUCAAGUACUAG